AUGUUUGACAAGAUCAAGAAGGCCAUCACAGGAUGGAACCAGGACUCUCCUUCCUCAAGACCCAACAGCCCUUCCCCGGGCAAGAAGGACAACAACAAUGGCCAUCUCAAGUCAAGCAACUCCUUCCGCAACUCCCUCCCUGCCCGUAUCCGUACAUCCAUCUAUCGCGAACAAAACGACGAAGGCUCCACUGACAGUGGGAACGGCACCGCACAAACACCAGUAGAACCCGCAACAACCACACCCCACAGAGCUGCUACCACCGUCGAAGGAAACCUCCACCAAUUCAGCAACAAGCACAACAGGGCUCCACUCUCCUCCGUCUUUUCCCCAGACACCACCAUCACCACCUCAACUCCCUCUACCACUGUUCCUUCAGGAGAACAUACCACCCACGCCAGCAACAACAACAACAACAACAACAACAACAGCAACAACAACAACAACAACAACAACAGCAACAACAACAACAACAACAACAACAGCAAAGCUAGCAGCACCACCAGUCCGGUCAACAUGCCUCCUGCACAAAAGAGCAACACCGAUACAACUGAUGCAUCGCCACAGUCCAUCUUCAUCCGUCGCACUUCCAGCUAUCAGGGUCUAGGGUCGUCCGCCGAGAGCAACAGCGACGAGCCAAGGAACGAAGACAUCAUCAUCUUCUCCUCCACCCCUCCCGUCACCAUCGCCCGUUCGUCCUCAACAAAGGUUCAUAAAGGUUCACCCGAUCAAGCGUCCGCCAUCAAUUCAGAGACACCUGUCGUCCAAUGGCCCCGUGGUGGCAACUCGGCCGCCAGCAGAUCUCAGGAACACUUUCUCCGUACCCAUCGCAGAACGUCGACCAGUUCCGAUGCCUCCAUCAAGGAUCUCCAGACCCCUCUGGCUACCACCCCUCCAAUCUCCUCUCCUCUUCGUCAGGAUUCACUUACCCAGCGACCUGCCCUCGAUCGCACUCUGUCGCGCUCAGGCAACAACACUGCCGUCGCAACGAACUCAACCUCAUCCAACGCUGCUUCCCCAACUGCUGUUUCGACUUCCAUCUCCACUUCUUCAGACUUGAACCAUUCAUCGCCUAAAACUGCUCCUGCCCAUAACAAAACCCCUUCAGACGCCAGCAGUACCUCCAUCGACGCUUCCGUUCCAACAGCAACAACAGCUACAACAGGUGCAGCCGUGGCAGGAGGAGCGACCUCGAUCCUCAGUUCAGGAUCAACAGUUCAAUAUCCCGUGUUGGAGCAGCCACCUCAAGUGACCAAAGCAGAGCCCAAGCGUUGUGUCGAACCUGUCAAGGUCACAUCUGGAGAUUCUGUACCACCAAUGAAUCCUGCCGUGGCUAGACAGUUAGCUGCAGGGACACAAAUGCUGAAGGUCUCGGCUAAAAAGCAGCACUCGCGUCUGUUCAAGCUGGACUUGGAACAGGGAAGAAUUCUUUGGGACUCUAGGAAAUUUGGACGAAUCAAUGUGGAGCAGAUCAAAGAGCUUCGAAAGGGCAAAGCCGCAAGAAUGUAUCGCGAGCAGUUACGUGUCAAGCCAGAGCAUGAGGAGCGUUGGUUGACCAUCAUCUAUUCGGCCGCGGGCAAGUACAAGGCUCUGCAUCUCGUCGCGCCCACCAAGGACACCUACCAGGACUGGAUCAUGGCCGUUGAGCGUAUGUGGUCGGUCAAGCGGGAGGUUGCCGAGGGAUUGCCACAGUUGCAGCGCAAGACGAGCCAAUGGCUCAAGGAACACUGGAUGGAUGCCGACAAGAACGUUGACUCAAAGCUCGGUUAUGAGGAAAUCGUGCGUUUGUGCCAUCGCCUUAACAUCAACUUUUCGAGAAAGGAGAUUCGACUUCGGUUUGACCAGGCGGAUGAGAAAAAUCACGGCUUCUUGGACUUUUCCAACUUUACGCAUUUUGUCAAGCUGUUGAAGGAGCGUAGUGAGAUCAUCAACCUGUUCAACCGACUCACCGUACCUGACGACAUGUCCAUGUCUGUCGACGAGUUUAUCGAUUUCAUGCUGCACAUCCAAAAGACGACUGACGAUGUCGAGCACAUCCGCGAGAUCUACAACAAGCACCUCGACAAGACGGUUGACAAGUUUACAGUCGACUCAUUGACAAGUUUCCUUGUGUCCGCCGACAACUCGAUUGUGGCUCCCGAACAUGCUCAGGUCCACCAGGACAUGUCCCAGACGCUCUCCAACUACUAUAUCAGCAGUUCGCACAACACCUAUCUCCUAGGUCACCAAUUGACCGGUAUCUCUUCGAUCGAGGGAUACAUCCGGGCCUUACAAAGCGGAUGCCGCUGUGUCGAACUCGACUGUUGGGAUGGUCCUGAUGGUCAGCCCGUCAUCUAUCACGGACACACUCUGACGACGAAGAUUUUGUUCCGGGACGUUAUUGAGGCUAUUUCAACCUAUGCGUUUGUCAACUCGCCGUAUCCCUUGAUCCUGUCGCUGGAAAUCCACUGUGACCUCGACCAGCAGGACAUCAUGGCUAACAUUAUGCGGACAAAACUAGGCAGUUGGCUUGUCGUUGCGCCCUUGGACAGCGAGAGCGUCAUCCUCCCCAGUCCAGAUGAACUCCAGUUCAAGAUUCUUAUCAAGUCCAAGGUCUUGCCACCCGACGCAACCUCACAAGAGUUUUCCACCGAUACCGAAUCCGAGUCUGAUCGAGAGAGCGAGAGUGACUCUGACAGUGUCAAAAAGCCAAAGACAAAGUCCAAGAAGGUCAGGAUUGCACGAACACUGAGCAAUAUCACCAUCUACUGUCAGUCUCGUCACUUCCCAGGAUUUACCCACGACGGCUGCUCCCCUCACAAGAUCAUCUCGUUCUCUGAGCGCGUGUCUCUGCGGUUAGCCAAGCAAACUUUGCAGGAAUAUAUCAACAUGAACAAGAGCCAUCUGACCCGAGUGUAUCCUGCUGGCUUCAGGAUCAACUCGACCAAUUACGACCCUCACCACCACUGGGCUGGCGGUUGCCAGGUCGUUGCCUUGAACUACCAAAGCCAUGAUCGUGGCAUGCAGAUGAACAACGCCAUGUUUACAAUGAAUGGACACUGUGGAUACGUCUUGAAGCCGCAGGCAUUGCGGCUUGGCGCCGGUGAGACCUGCAACCACGACAAGGCCCCCAGUUUUGUCAAGACGUACCCUGUUGAUGUCACUCUCGAGAUCAUCUCGGCGCAACAGUUGCCACGACCCAACGAGGCACAGUCUGGAGAUGUGAUUGACCCCUUCUGUGAGAUCGAAAUGUUGGUUCCUGGACAGUCAGCGAUCAAAUACAAGACGCGCCAUGUCAGCGAUAACGGCUUCAACCCCGUCUGGCAGGAGUCGUUCAAGUUUCGUGUCGACUAUGAGCACCACCAGCUGGUGUACUUCAGGUUUGUCGUUCAGGACGAGGACAUCAAGUUUUCGGAUAUGAUUGCCUCCUACUGCAUCUCGUUGGAUUGCCUCCAGGAGGGCUACCGCCAUAUCCAAUUGCAAGAUUCCGCAGGAGAACCUUACCUGUACAGCACGCUCUUUGUCAGGGUCUCUAUCCAACCUGUCCUCACCACCAGAAACCAGGGAGCCAUUCAACGCCAGCCUCUUCUCUCAAAGGAAUCUUCGGGAGAACUGCCACCCCUUCCGGUGAAUGCAACAACAUCAUCCGUUCCGCGCCCUCCACUCAACCAAGACUGGUCUUCGAGUGAGCUUCCAUCUUUGCCUCAUAACAAGGUCGCCAAGCCGAUGGCAUCAGUCGAGUCUCGAUCGUCGACAGAGUCGAGCCACAAGGAGCCUUCAGAGACAUCAGAGACUUUUGCCCUGAGCCAGAACAGCUCUGACCACUCACUCCAUGCUACUCCUACCACUGCUGCCACCACCAGCACAACCGACAACCCCAACGCUACUACAACCAUUCUUGCACAGCCUGCUGUCGGUAAAGCCGUCGAGUCGGUCCCUUCUAAUGGCGGUGCUCCACAGCUGCCCCUGUUCGAAUCUACCCCCGAAAGCUUUUUGCAGGCCUCCGAUCUCCCCGCCUUGCCCCCUACUCCACCACCCAAGUCCAAGUAA